AUGGCCCGACCCUCAGCGUCAAAAGCGAGGACACUGGGGGUAGCCAUGACAGCAGGCGGCUCGGCGGCUCGGCAGUACCAGCGACUCGGCAGCAACGGCGGCUCGGGCGGCUCGGCGGCAACGGCGGCUCGGCGGCUCGGCGGCUCGGGCGGCUCGGCGGCAACGGCGGCUCGGUGGCUCGGGCGGCUCGGUGGCUCGGGCGGCUCGGCUGCUGCAGGAGCAGCGGCGGCUGCUGCAGGGGCAGCGGCGGCUGCUGCAAGGGCAGCGGCGGCUGCUGCUCAAGGGACGGCGGCGGCCGCUGCUGCAGGGACGGCGGCGGUCGCUCCUGCAGGGACGGCGGCGGCCGCUGCUGCAGAGACGGCGGCGGCCGCUGCUGCAGGGGCGGCGGCUGCUGCUGCUGCGGGGACGGCGGCCGCGGCCGCUGUAGAGACUGCGGCUGCUGCUGCUGCAGAGGCGGCGACGGCGGGCCGAGAGAGGCCGCGAGGGGCGGCGGACGGGCCGUGA